CGAGCAAAAGACGUGUUCGCAAAACACAGAGAGACUUGUCUCUUUGCUUCAAGAGCUUCGAAGAGAGAGAGAGAGAGAGAGAGAGAGAGAGAGGACGCUGGCUAUGGCUUCACUUCGGCUUCUCUGCUCUCCGGCAGCAACCUGCUUCGGCUCUGAACAACAACUCUCUCUUGUACCUCCUUCUUCUUCACUGCUUGGCCCACACUCCAUCUCCAAAAGCUCACAAUCCCAUCCAUCUUUUUCUUGCUCUCUUUCUUCCAUCUUUGCUCUCUCUCAAACACGCACUCUUUCACUUCCUUCUAGGACUAAAAGACGGAGCAAUUUUGUUUUCCAACUCUCUUCUACCGCACAAGAGCAGGUUCUUGAGUCUCCUCCGGUUACUCCUGCAAAUGACGAUGGUGAAGAAGCUGAGCCGGAGACUGAGGGAUUUUCUAAAACCAGAUUGAUUGCCCAGAACGUACCUUGGACUUCUACACAUGAAGACAUUCGUAGUCUGUUCGAGAAGUACGGAACGGUCCUGGACGUUGAGCUUUCGAUGUAUAACAAGACCAAAAACAGGGGUUUGGCAUUUGUUUCAAUGGGUUCCCCUGAGGAGGCUCUUGCUGCUCUCAAAAAUCUCGAAUCGUAUAAAUUGGAAGGUCGUACUAUAAAGGUCGAUUAUGCAAGAGCAAAAAAGAAAGUUGCCACUCCUGUGCAACCCAAGCCAUCAGUGACAUUCAAUUUGUUUGUUGCAAAUUUGUCAUAUGAGGCAAGGGCUAAAGACCUCAGAGAGUUCUUUAAUUCAGAGGGUAGCAGUGUUGUUUCAGCGGAAGUUAUAUUCCACGAAAAUCCAAGAAGGUCCUUGGGAUAUGGAUUUGUGGCCUUCAAAUCCAAGAAAGAGGCUGAGGAAGCUCUUUCUAAUUUUCAAGGAAAGAUGUUUAUGGGAAGACCAAUCCGAGUGGCACGUAGUAAACAAUUUGUCAAGCAAUUAACAGAAGAGACCAAACAAUCUGAGGAUACUGCAAACGAAUUGAACUCUGGUGUGGAGCAAGCAGAAACAGCUAAUAGUAAUUAGAAGUGAAUUUCUGGACCACAAUUACAUUUCUUCUUUCCAUGGUUUAGUAGGCAUGUUUUCUAUAGGAGAAAAUUUUGGUGCUGGCUACUUUUCUGCGCUAUUGUUUUAUCUUUUUGCCCUGGAAUCAUCCUCGAUUACUCUGCAGUUUGAUUUUUCUGUCCUGCUUGUUGGUAACACUGAAACCCAUGGAUAUCACUCUGUAUGCAGUUGAACUUGCUUGUCAACUUCAACAUCUUCUACUGGGAUUGAAUAUGCAACCUUUAAUAUAAUUCUGUACAACCUCUCUCACUCUCUCUCUCUCUCCUUUAUGGGUGAGGUGCAUGCUUGGUUUUGCAGGUUUAGUUGUAUUUUAGGUGUUAUAGUUCCCGAGCAAUCUCUCAUCAAGUUUGGAUGAUGUGAUCUGCAUGUUUCACCAUGAAAUAUUUUGGAGUCCAUUUUUGUAAUUGUUUAUAUAUAUAUAUAUAUAUAUAUAUAUAUGUAACGUCUGCUUACUCUCUUAUCUUAUUAAAUUAACUGAGAAAAGUACUUGGAAUUAUGAAUCAAAAGUUUGAUUGAAAUAGAGAUAUAUCCUUUUGAUGA